UUAAAAGCCCCGCCUCGUGCGUAGACGCACGGCGACGGCGAUGGGGCCUGGCCGUCGUGCGGCGUGCUGUCUCGGGGCGCUGCUGUGGCGCAGGGCCGUGCUCCCGGGAGCCGGGCCUGCGUCGGGCGUGGGGCCCCAGCUCCGGCUGCUGUCGGUGCGGCGGCUUAAGGUGGGACCAGCGUUUGUCCCGGCGUGCCUGAGCGCCGACCGCGCGCGAGGCCUGCACGGCGGGCCCGGCCUUGAGGAGGGGGCCGCGGAGGCAGCCGGCGAGGGGCACCCGGAGUCAGGCACUGCAGAUCAUACUGCUCCCAAGUUUGACAUCGAUGUGCUGGUUUCACUUCUGAGGCAAGAAAAUGCAAGAGACAUUUGUGUGAUCAAGGUUCCUCCAGAAAUGAAAUAUACAGAUUACUUUGUGAUUGGUAGUGGAACUUCCACCCGACACUUACAUGCCAUGGCCUACUACAUUGUGAGAAUGUACAAAUACCUGAAAAGUAAAAGUGAGCCUCAUGUUAAGAUCGAAGGGAAGGACACUGAUGACUGGCUCUGUAUGGAUUUUGGCAACAUGGUGAUUCACUUGAUGCUUCCAGAAACCAGAGAAACCUAUGAAUUAGAGAAACUGUGGACCCUACGUUCUUAUGAUGACCAGUUAGCUCAGAUAGCUCCUGAAACAUUACCUGAAGACUUUAUUCUUGGAUUAGAAGAUGACACUUCUUCCUUCAUUCUUGGAUUAGAAGAUGACACUUCUUCCCUGACUCCAGUGGAUUUCAAAUGUAUCUGGAAAAUGAAGCGGCAUUUGGGGCACAUUACAGAUGAGGAAUGGUCCAUAUUUGCCUACUGUGCCCUUCCUGAACCUCCCUUCAAACAUUCUUGCAAGGCUGAAGGACACACACUCAACAGAUGAGUUUGCACUGACUGGGUUCCUAAUAAGGCCAAUUCCAGGUUGUAAUAUUACCAGAAUGCAGCAGCAGUGCACAUACUCAUGCAGUGAAACACUUCUUUACCUUCUAACAGUAAGAAAUGCAUGCUUCCUCUUACUAUACAGUCACUAU